GUGAAACAAAACAAGAAUGACGGAAACAAGGAUCAUUGACGUUUCUUCCCCGGAACCGACGGCUGUCCUCGGCUGUCCAAUAAAAAGGCAUAGCAUCUAUUCAGGUUCGCUUAAUUGUCCCCUCCUUUGUUCUCUUUUCGCCACUCCCUCGACGGUACUAUAAUUCACGAACUAACGACUUUACACCACUCUUAUUGGCCCUACCAUUAUGCCUGUCUCUAUCGAUAUCGUCACUCUCGCGCCUUCCCUUGACAUGUACGGAGAUCCGGAUUCUUCCUCUGCAUACUCAUUGUCAGGCCAUGUCACCGUUUCAUUACAUUCGCCUAAUUCUAUAUUCGAACGUCGUCGAACGACAUCAUUUCUCCUCCAGUCUCUCGAAUUGACCUUUGAAGGCCAGUCCGAAAUAGUGGCGCCACAGAUUGGCUACUCUGGCAUUCGCUUAUGCAGUAUAACACGUCAACUCGUGUCCACUGAACCUUUGGAACUCUCAAAUGAGGGCCAGGAAGAGUCCAAUGCGCCUUGUCGUUGGAACUUGGUUUUUAAUAUUCCGAUUCCAGGAUGGCUACCUGCUUCGUCAAAGUAUGGUGUUGACGACAUGGGAACGUCGUAUACCCUUUAUGCAACAGCCAAAUUCCUAGAUCUAGAUAACACCUCGCCGUGGUCAUUGAGCGCGUUAUGCGCACCGUUUCGCUCCCGAGAGAGGGAGGUCCACGCCGAGAAGACGAUUCCUAUACGCCGUUUUGUGGAUUCACAGUUCUUGGACCCCGCAGAAGUCCCUCUGACGACAUUCCUUGUCAACUCAAAGACAAACCCACCUAAAAGAGACGACGACCGACCCCGUAUACCGCAAGAAAUCAUCUCAAAACUCCAAAUUCUUGCAUCUAUUCCGGAAUACGUGGAUGUUCUCGAAGACUCUAUAGAUCUGACACUCCGUAUGAGGGUCCACGACCUGGAAGAAGAGCAGUGCAGGAGGCUUCAACUUUCUGCCUUUGCUGUUAACGUCCUGCAAAGAGAAAAGUGCCGGCAUCGACCUUCAGCGGAGUACCGGCGAAGAUUUCCCCUUCCAUCGGAGUCCCAACAGCCUCCUAACAUUCCACUUCGCAGCUGUCACCGACUGGGAUACCUGUAUGACGGUUUCUACUCCCCUCCGAUCAACAACGAUGCAGCGCAUAUCCGCACGUUCUCUCUUCUUCCAUCCGAAGAAAAUGGAGAAUACAUACUCGGCGAUCAUAACUACGUUUUCGCACACAAUGUUCCUGGGGAAACGCCAAUUUGGUACACUUUGCAGACUAGCAUCCCCUUCAUCCCGGAUCCGGACGUUAUCAAGCGGGAUGAAUCCUCUGACUGGAUUGGCCUGCCAUCUCUUCGGCCAACGGGCUCCUCGCCAUUGUUGACUUUCCGUCACGAAGUUUGCAUAUCUUUGAUGAUAGGAUACGAUCUUCCUGAUCAGAAUCAGCAAGCAACUGAGACGCUUACCUUUGCCAUCCCUCUCCGCUUCGCUCAUGUUCCUCCACCUCCGCCUCCAUCGGCGCGCACUUGUCCACUCCCCGCUCUAUCACAAUCUAUGAUUAUUCCUUCCGCAGAGUCAUUGCCGGCCAUCUCUUCCGAAUAUUCCGAAACGGCACUGCCUGCCUACUCACAACUUUUCCACUCUAACGGUGACCGCAAACUCGAUUCCACCCCUCUGCCGCUAUAUACUGCACAUGAACAACCAUGUCCUUCUGAGUCGACCUCGGCCAAUCCUGAUGAACCAUGUGAGCCAUCUGACCGAGGUCACAAAGUUGAACACGCCGAUGACGACGAUAACUCAAGUGAAACGACACCGCUAUUAUGAUUUUAAUACCCUUGCUUUGCGUCUAUCGUACUCUUUUGGCCUUCUGUCUAAUCUUGUUUUCGUAUUUCGCAUUGACAGUUCGUUUCGUACUCGUUUUGACAUCUCUGUAUCCAAGAUAUAUUUUUUAUUUUCCUUCCCUACCCACUUAUUAUUAUACAAAAAGGGAUUUGGACAUAGCACUCAUCCGAGUUCUUAGUUUCUUGUAGUUGCACCUCAAACGAUGAUUGUAGCAUUUAUGGCUUGUAUCGUAUUCCCUGAUAUCAAGAUCAGUUGAGUGCUUUGUAUACAGUUACGGGUUCUGCCUCUGUAAAUCCGGC